AUGUUCCAACAAGUUGCUGCAGACCAAAAGAUCCGUCGUCCGAUACUACCCCCGCCUAAGCUCUUCAAGCUUCUAUAUACCCUUAUCUCAUUAUGGGCAAUUCAGCUUACGAAGAAAAUGCACGCACAGUACGAAAGGGAACAUGCUAAGCCAAAUCCACCGCACGAAGACGAAAGCAGAAGCCUCAGUCCGCAGUUGUUCCACGAGCAUUAG